CUUCACCGAGUCCCCUUCAGAGGCUCAUAUCAAUCGACAUACUCUAUCGCCGAGUAUCGUGCAGCGGCAGCAUCCAUCAUUGGUGGACCAGAACUUGUUGACAGUAUUGACCUGAACGACCAGACCAGCAGAUGCUGCGCUGCUCGCAUUGACCGACUCGAAGUCCAAGACCACACCGUGACUGACAGUCCAAGCUGCCAGCUGGAGCGCAGCGCAGGAAGCCCGAGCCCCUCCAGUGCCAAGGACCCUGUCGAUAAGCCCAUCGAUUGGCCACGCCCCGAAGCAAGGGGCCAAACUGUCCAAACCUGCUGCUGCUACUCCUGCCUACUACGCCUUAGCACGCCUAUUGCGCCUAUUACUGGCAGCUUUAGGAGCCGCCUAAGCGUCGCUGGCAGCAAUUUAGAGGCGGCGGCGUCUCUGCGUCACCGUCACCGACUCUCACUCACGGCAACAUCGGCCGCCGCACUGCAGUCUCCAAGUUGUUGACUUGACUCGGCCACUUCAACUUCGCACUUCGCACUCCGGACGGCGACUUCACUGGACUUCACUCCCUCAGCUUGCCAUCACUCACACGCAGCUAUCAUCGCCAUUCGAGUCUUAAAGACUCCCGAGCACAGUGUCCUUCAAGUUAUAUCCUCAAUCGGAACAGCAACAAGGACGACCUUCAACUUCGCCUCCGACGUUCCGCCCUUGCGCCUCGAUAGACUGCGCUGACUACACUACCGUGCCCGAUCUCUUCCACACCCAGUUACGCGCACAUCUCUGCUCGCAUUAGACAGCCUGCGUCGUUACCAUCUAUCUCACGGACGACUUCCAUCUACGCACUCCAGUCACUGUGUAUCACCGGUCCUGGCCUUCGUCCCUCUACGCUUUGUAUAAACCGUAGAGCGCGAUUACGAAUUCUGCAACCCGAACCAAAACCCACCAGUCGCACAUCAGACUCAAACGGUACUCACACACAACUCUCAUCUUGAUCACUAUAUUUCGACUCCAUUGGAACUUGUCACUGGGAAUUGCUUAUAUCGCGCCUUUUAACGGCCGCGAUUUUGUACCGGGGCCUGUACUCCGGAGUGCGACCGGACAGAAUAAGAUUGGACAAAAGAGCGCAUUGCCUCUGACAAAGUACUCUGCAGUCAAGCCUCACUGUCACUCGGAGGACUUCACCGCCUAGGUUGUCACCCACAUCGGAGAUUGAUAAAGUCAAAGUUAUUCAAUCAUCUUCUCGCAGGCCGGUUUGAGGUCUGCUCAAGAUCCGCCGAAAUUACUACGAGCACCCUACUUUGAAGUACCUUUCUAAUGGCCACGGCUGUUUGACAAGCACUUGUUUAUCGAGAAAAUAACGGUGCCCGCGUGCCAUUCACAAUAUCCACAAACCACGAACAUUGGACCUACCUCGUCCCCAUUUCCUAUAUCUGCAAGCCAUGACCAACGCAUCCGGCGCCAUGCCAUAUAUCAAGACGGAACCCGAUGAAUACGGCAACAAUUCGGGCCGAUUCAUGUCUGGUGGCGGUUUUGGAAACUCGCAGAACUACGGCAGUCAAUUCAACCAACCUCAAGCUGCGACAAGCGUAGACCCCUCUGAACUGUCCAUGCAGAACGCUGGUAUGGGUGGAAUUCACUACAACAAUUUUGCCGGAGGCAACAUGUCGUCCAGUUUCAGCAUGGGCAACGCAGGCUACGAUGACAAUGAGUUGUUAGAGAGCCUUGAUUUCGGGCACAGCAACCAAGGAAUGAUGGAAGACUUUUCAACCAUGACACAAGCCAACGCCGGGAUGAGCAGAGGCUCAGCUUCCAUUCCUGUCAACCAACAGAACCAUUUAUCCAACAUGUAUUCCAGCACUCCAGAUGGACCUCCGAUUCAAAGCCCCUUCUUGGGCACAUUCGACUACAACCAAUUCCGCCCAAUGGGGUCGCUGCCACAGCAUAUGUCACCUGUGCAAGGUUCCCAAUUUGCGAAGCGUCCGAGCAUCCAGUCAGCGCAUCGUAAAUCAUCUGAUCAGAGAACCCCCUUGACUCCACGUACUGCAGCUAUGGCAGGUCUGCACAUUGGGACGCCGGAGUCUGGGAGUCUCGCUAAUGGUCGACCGAUCAGAGCGCCCAAUGUUCAGAGCAGACAUUCCAAGACCAUGUCUGGCCAGUAUGAUAGUACGCCCGGAAGCCUCCACUCGUACCUGGACUCGCCAUUGUCAUCGCCUGGUACUGGUCUCCAUCAUGCUGGCAUUUCGGAAACACUUGGUACAGCCCAACAUGCAUCUCUGCCGGCCAAGGUUGAGAAUGGACUCAGCAAUGCGGAGACUGUAGAAGCGAAGAAGCGGAGAAGACGUGCUUCACACAACGCAGUCGAACGCCGUCGAAGAGACAAUAUCAACGAGCGGAUUCAGGAUCUUUCUCACUUGGUGCCACAACAUCGCCUAGAAGAUGACAAGGUCAAAAAGCAGCUCCAGAACAGCGGACCCAUGUCACCGUCCAUGGGUGCUACAAGUAUGAGUCCACCAAAUGCCACCAAUGCCGCCACCUCGUUGCUUGCCGGUGCUGCUGGUCGACGUGCAGCCAGCACGGCCGGCAAUAUCACCAUCGGACUGCCCAUUGAGGAGAAGGAGAAAGGUCCCAACAAGGGCGAUAUCCUGAAUGGUGCCGUCAGCUGGACGCGUGAUCUUAUGUGGGCUCUAUAUCAAAAAUACCAACAAGAAGACGAGUUGGCUCAGUACAUCACGUCCAUAGGCGGACAGUGGCCGUUCCAGGUCACCGAAGACGAGAAACGCAUGCGGUCGGAAGUGAUGGAGGCGAUGGAAAAGAACGAUUCCAGCACCUUUUCCUACUCUAGAACGGAUGGCAGCGGGCUCCGUGUGCCACGCCAUACCAACCUUGCUGGCGAACGGCUCCCGAUCAACUCAAGUAUGAGCCCGCAGAGCAAUUUUGAGCUUAGCCCAGGCUUUCACAGUGGAGGCAGUGGCACUAAUAGCGGCAGCAAUGGUCCUGGACAACCUCAAUUCUGGCACAGUGCCGGUCACUCCGGAAUGAGUUUCAAGGAAGAAGACGAAUUCAUGGAGAUGACUUGAUGAGAAGCUGGGCCUGGUGGCUAAGUCUGACCAGCGCUACCCCUGCUACUGAUACACAAUGGGCGCCGGGCUCCGAGCGACAUGCCGCCCUGGAGAUGUCGCAGUCGUCGAACAGGUUCGGACGACCGAUUGAUUGCACGUUCAUACGCCGACGAACAUCGAGAAAGUACAUGAGGGCGGGGAGUUUUUCGAAUUGAUCGGUCCUUUACGGGGGUUGCUUAUUUUUUCCUUUUGCCAUUCAGCUUGGGGGUGAGCUUUGCAGACGGAUGAUCGAUUAACCCAGUUCAGCUUUGAUACCCCCUUCGUUUUCACAUCUCCUCUUCUCCAUCCCUUGCCAAUCAAAGAAUAUCACCGAGCAGGGGAUUGUAUUGUUGGUAGACAGAUAUGGACCCCGACAGCAUGGACUAGGCGUCGGCGGUCUUUGGAAUUGCACUCUCGAACAUGAAUUGCGAUGUAUUGCUUGUCACUUAGUUCAUAUUCAUAAUGGAGAUCUCUCGAUGUUCGCAAACCA